CUUGCCUCGAGCCACUGACAGCUGCUUCUCACGCCCAUUAUGCCCUCGGCCAGAAGCCCUUGGACGUUAGAAGGGUGGGCAUGCUGCCAGCAGAGUCCACUCUUCAAUCUCUUCAAUGCAUUAGUCGCGACCUCCGCCCGCCCUUCAAUAAUCACCGUUCCUUCUCCGCUGCCCUGACAUGGCGGCGGACCGUCCCCACGCUCUUCUGGCGACUUUCUAUAUGAAUGGCAGCCAUCGCCGCAAUGGCUCUCUCUCCGGCCUCCAACCUUCACUUCACUCUUUCUUGUUGGGUUCAUUCUUUUCGGGCUUUUUUAUUUGCCGCCAUUCUUUUUUCUUGGGGUUGCUGCUGGGCCAGCUUGACCACCCUUCCACUCACUCCUUUGAUCUUUCUAUCUUCCUUCGUGGCCUACUUCAGUUUUGCUUUUUUCUGCAUUUCGGGUAAAUCCAGGAAAAGAUGCGUUCCCUUCUCCUCAGCGGUGCGGCCGCUCUGAGCUUCGCUUUGGGCGUGUCUGCCAACGCCUACAACACUUCCGCCUACACCGAUUCGGCAACUGGGAUUGAAUUCCAGAGAUGGUGUGACACCGACGACACGGGUUUCUGUUUCGGCAUUGCCCUCCCCGAGGAUGUCGACACCGACUUCAUCGGUCAGCUGACGGUCCCCCUUUCCAGCUCGGCCGGAUGGGGUGGUGUGAGUAUGUCGGGCUCCAUGACCAACGUCCUCUUGAUUGCCGCCUGGCCCAAUGGUGACGAUGUCGUCGGCACCCUGCGUGAGGCCACAUCCUAUACCUCCCCAGCCGUCUACAGCGGUGAUGCCUCCCUUGAGGAGAUUCCCGAUGGAACCUCCGUGAACAGCACUACUCUCACCUACACUUUCCUGUGCAAGGGCUGCAUCAUCGGCGACCCUACCACCUUCUCCGCUGACGACAGCAGCUACUACUUCGGCUGGGCUCUCAGUGCUACCAACCCGACCACUCCUUCCUCCGCCUCGUCCAAGAUGCCUUACCACGCUGCCGGCUAUGGUGGCUUCGAAGUGCAGCUUGCUGCGGCCCAGUCGUCCGAGUAUUCCACCUGGGCCGCCAAGGCUGUCACCGCCACGACCACCACCGCUUCGACUGCCUCUUCGGCGUCGGCUAGUGCGUCGGUCUCUGCGUCGGCCAGCGUCGUUGCCACGGUUUCGAACACGACCUACGAUUACAUUGUGGUUGGUGGUGGUGCUGCCGGUCUUGUUGCCGCGGAGCGCCUGGUGGAGACCAACAAGAAGGUCCUGCUCAUUGAGCGUGGUGUGGCUCCUACCGUCGAGCUGGGUGCCACUGAUUCCCUGUCGUGGAACUCCUCGUUGACCGCGUACGAUGUGCCCGCCUUGGGCACCUAUAUCCAGGGCUCCGACCUCGUGAGCCAAUACCUGUGCGAUGACACCGCGGGCAUGGCCGGCUGUGUUCUCGGCGGUGGUACCGUUAUUAACGCCAUGUCCUUCAUCUACCCCCAGGAAGCCGACUUCGACGACAAGUGGCCGACUGGCUGGAAGUGGAGCGACGUCAAGGCCGCUGCGGAGCGCCUCUACGAGCGCAACCCCGGAAGCACCCUGCCUUCGGCUGACGGCAAGCGUUAUGAUCAGGGCAUGUACACCGUUCUGUCCUCCUUCCUGAAGGGCCUGGGCUGGAAGUCGGUCGACUCCCAGCAGGAGCCCAACGAGAAGCACAUGGUCUACAGCUACCCGUCCUGGGAUGUGGGCAAUGGUAUCCGUGCCGGUCCCGUGCGCUCUUACCUGCCCCUGAUUGAGAACGACGACAACUUCACUCUUCAGCUGCAGACCAAGGUCCGCCGCCUCGUACGCCGUGGCGGUCGUAUCACUGGUGUGGAGGUUGAGACCGAGUCUGGAGCCAUCGAGAUCAUCAACGUCCGCGCCGGCGGCAAGGUCAUUCUGGCUGCUGGCUCGAUGUCUACUCCUCGCAUCCUUUACAACUCGGGUAUUGGUCCCACCGAGCAGAUCGAGACCGUCCAGAAGGGCAGCACCGGCAUCACUCUCCCUCCUUCGGCCGAAUGGAUCGACCUGCCGGUCGGACACAACCUCCGCGACCACCCCAUGUUCACCGUCACGGUCAACACCAACAGCAACUUCACCCACUUCAACACCUCCAGUGCCCGCUAUGGCCCUGCUGCCACCGUGGAGAAGCUGUACUCCGAGGGCUCGGGUGUGCUCACUCAGGGUGGCCACCGUCUGCAGUUCUGGACCUCCAACGUCGGCACUGACGGCGUGACCCGUUUCUUCCAGGGCUCCUGCAGCACCACCGAGGACAGUGUCAUCACGAUGAAGCUGUACCUGACCCACGGUGCCACCUCCACCGGUGUCCUGGGCAUUGACUCCACGGGCGCUACGACCAUCGAGACCUCGCCGUACUUGCAGACGGCGGCGGACAAGGCGGCCACCGAGAGCUUCUUCCAGACCUUGAUCGACGGCAUGAAGAACUCGACUGCCGGCUUCUCCAUCUCGGGAGAUGCUUCUGCGUCGAGCAUCCUGGCCCAGCAGUCCAGCGGUGACCACUUUGUCGGCACUGCCAAGAUGGGCGUGGAUGACGGCCGUGAGAGGAACGGCACUUCGGUUGUUGACACCAACACCAAGGUGUAUGGCACGGAGAACCUGUACAUCGUCGAUGGCAGUAUCCACCCCGAUCUUCCCACCGGUAACUCCCAGGCCAUCAUCCAGAUCGCCGCGGAGGCGGCUGUUGCCCGGAUCAUCGCUCAGGGCACGAGCACCAGCUCGGCGUCGGUGUCGGUGUCUGUCCCUGCGGCCAGCACGUACGUCGCUUCCGCCGCUACCACUGUCGCGUCUGCCAGCGCUGUCUCGACGGAGACUGUGGCCUCUGCCUCGGCCGUCCCGACCGCCGGCACCAUUUCGUCUACUACGACCACCGAGUCGGGUGGCGACGAGGGUGACGAGGGCGACGACGACGACGAGUACUACGACUGCGACGGUGACGAUGAGGACUAUGAGGAUGAGGAGACCACGUCGGUGACGGCCAAGGUGGCCGUGGCCACGGCGGCGGCGACGACGGCGGUUGCGGACUCGGGGGUCUCCACGACGACCAAGUGGGUGACGUCGACGGCCUGGACCACGACGACGGAUGUGGUGGUGGCCACCAGCACCUCGACCGUGACUGUCUGGCCCACCUUUUCCUAGACGGGUGCCUCUUGGGGAGGGCAAUUCAGCCAAGGCUAGGCCCUUCCAUUCUCUGCUGUGUAUCUAGACUUCUAUAUAUUCUUCUACUUGAUUCAAUCGUGUGGUUUCGUGAAGCACUGAGUGGAUACUUUAGACCGG